AUGCCGUUUCUGGAGAACUGCACGAUCCUCGGGGAGCUGGUGAGGCUGCAGGCCCAGAAGUCCUGCCUGCUGGGGUUCAGCACGCGUGCCGACUCCGUGCUGGAGAUGAACAUGGCCAAGACCAGCCAGGUGGUGGCCACUUUCCUAGAUGAGCUGGCCCAGAAGCUGAAGCCCCUCAGGGAGCAGGAUCCUGGAGAAAGAAGGCUAAAGUGCCAGAGGCGGGGCCUGCACUUCGACGGGCCCAUCAACGCCUGGGACCUGCGCUACUACAUGAACCAGGGGGAGGAGACGCGCUACCACGAGGACCAGUACCUGCUCAAUGAGUCCUUCCCCAUGCAGGUGGUCAUGCGCGGGCUGCUGGGCAUCUCCCAGGAGCUGCUGGGGCUGACCUUUGACCUGGAGGAGGGCGCCAAAAUGUGUCACGAAGACGUGAGGCUCUACACGGUCCGGGACGCGGCCUCGGGCAAGGUCAUCAUCGGCAAGUUCUACCUGGACCUCUACCCUCGGGAAGGGAAGUCCGGGCACGCGGCCUGCUUCGGCCUGCAGCCGGGCUGCCUGCAGCAGGACGGGAGCCGCCAGAUCGUCAUCGUGGCCAUGAUGGCCAACUUCACCAAGCCCACGCCCGACCCGCCCUCCCUGCUGCAGCACGAUGAGCUGGAGACCUACUUCCACGAGUUCUGGCAAGCGAUGCACCAGCUCCGCUCUCAGGUGGGUGCGGGCGCGGGGCUGCGGGCAGAGGCCGGGGAGGGCCUGGGCGCGCGUGGUCCUCAGGCAGGCCCUCGGCACGGGAUUCUUCCGCUGAUGUCACCCCGCACGUGGCGACACCCUCGGUGUCAGCUUCCAUCAUCAAAGCCCACGCACUGGGCGCGCAGCGCCGUCCCCCAGGGGCUGCGGGACAAGCUCAUCAAGUCCCAGCAGGCCAACCCAGGCGUCUUCAACCUGCGCCAGAUCGUCCUGGCCGAGGUGGACCAGGCCCUGCACACGCAGACGCCCGCGGACCUAGCCCAGGAGAAUGCCCGCCUCUGCCAGGAGAUCCUCAGGGGCCCAGCCAUGCCAGGGACCCACCUGCCUGCGACCUUCGGCUGCCUGGCAGGAAAAUACAACGCCCAGUCCUAUGGCUACCUAUGCAGCGAGGUGUACUCCGCUGACACGUUCCACACACGCUUCAAGCAGGAGGGCGUCCUGAGUGGCAAGGUUGCCAUGGACUACAGAAGCUGCAUUCUGAGGCCAGGCGGCUCCAAGGAUGCCAAGGAGGAUACCUUCCUCCUGAGCAAAGGGCUGCAGGCUGAGGGCUGCAAGCCGCCGGCCUGCUGA